AUGAUCAAGUUCCUCCCAGCGGAUGUAGCUGGCAAUCUCAAAGGUCGUUACUCUUGGGUUUCAAUGCAUCCACAAACAUUAAUGACGGUGAUGCUACCUCCUCUUCUCUUUGAAUCCUCAUUCAAGAUGAAUUCGCACAUGUUUUUUGCAAGACUUCGGCUCAUUGUAUGCUUAACAACAGUUGUAUAUUUCAUUACUCUCGUUGUUGCCUCUGCUUUUAUGAUUCCUGUGUUGGCCCAAACCCAGAAGUUCAGCACUUCUACGGUUUUUCUCUUUACUGCAAUUCUGAUUGCGACUGAUGCUGUGGCUGUGACUGCCAUUCUAGAACAGUAUGGCGCACCUUAUAGCUUGCGGAUACUCAUCGAAGGCGAAUCCCUUCUCAACGAUGGUCUUGCCUUAACUACAUAUCGCUUCCUUGUUCAUAUUCUUGAAGUGGAGAUGGGAAAAAUAGACGAAAUUCUUUUUUCACAACAGUUUUUCUCUUUAUUCAUGAAUGUGUUCGCAUCUCCGUUAAUUGGUGCCGUAGGUGCCAAAGUCGUUGCAUGGAUUAUUUCCAAGCUGAAAGAGAACAAAAAAAGACAGGCUUACAUACUAGUAUCAGUGUACGGCAUUUUCAUACUCUGCGAUAAAUGCUCCGGGUCCCCAGCUCUUGGUAUAGUUGUAUUUGGGAUUAUGCUGAAUUCAUACAGGUAC